AUGGCGGCCAUCGUCUUUACGAAGUUUCGGGAUAUAAAUACUACUCCCGCGUUCCCCUUCUUCCCACACUCAAAGUUUCCUUGUUCUUUCAAUACACAUACGCUGUCCACCUUCCAUCAAAAGUCUUUGAUCAUUAUCUAUAUCUCCCUGAAGCCUCAGAAUUUCCGCCAUUUGGACCUUGGUCGGAGCAGUUGCCGAGACGACCGUAGAAUGUCAACCCCGGCAGAAAAAGCAAACCUUGCCCGGAUUAGAGAUAAUCAGAGGAGGUCCCGGGCCCGAAGAAGAGAGUAUCUCCAAGAGCUCGAGCAACGACUCCGAGUGUAUGAGUUGCAAGGUGUCGAGGCGUCCUCAGAGGUGCAACAUGCUGCGCGGAGGGUUGCAGAGGAGAACAGACAGCUCCGUGGUCUUCUCAACCGGCAUGGGAUCAGCGAUGAUUACAUUACUAGUUACUUGAACUCGGGUACAGCAUCGCAGAACGACCCGGCCGCAAUAUCGCACUUCCCCAACACUCACAGCGAUAGUGUCCAAUCCCUUGAGCAGGCUAUCGCACCCGGGAGACCUAAAGCUCUCGAAACUGGCGUAUCGGACGGCAUGCUUCCGCAGGAAAGUCGUGAAUCAUCUAUCGCAAGUGGAUCUAAGCAGAGUUUUUCUAUAUGGAUAUCUGGUCAAGCUAUCCAGUCACCUUCAGCACACAUCCGGCCGCUUCCCUCCAACGUCCCUACAACAGUACCGAGGCAGUCGAUAACUUCAUCAAUGCAUCCCCAACACUACACCUCUCAGAUGUUCCCUGAUCCUCAAGUUUCACGGACCGAAAGCUACCACGCUAUCGCUACCCCUGGAUCUUUGAUGGAUGAUCCCCGGCGACACAGCUACUCUGUGGCACCCAUGCCUGGGGACCUCUCAACAAUGGUUUAUGAGUUGCAGCAUUCCCAUGACUUCCUUUCACAGCCAUGUGGGACAAGAUGA